AUGGGCAGCUCCAGCACAGCCUCGGUGUGUCUGUUGCAGCUGGACACGCUCCUGAGCACAGGCUAUUCCCUCUCCCUUCCCGCUCCGUCCCGGCUCGGUUCCCGCCCCCGGGCGGCGCAGGCGCGCGGCGGGCGCAGGCGCGGAGCCCCGCGGGAUGCGGGCGCUGCUGGGGGCCCGGCCCCGGCCCCGGCCCGGCCCGCCGCCUCCGAGGUGCUGAGCCAGCACCUGCGGCAGCGCCGCCUGCCCCACUGGACCUCGUUCUGCGUCAAGUACAGCGCGGUGCACAACGACCAGUUCGGCCUCUCGCACUUCAACUGGCCCGUGGACGGCGCCAACUACCUGGUGCUGCGCACCGGCUGCUUCCCCUUCAUCAAGUACCACUGCUCCCGCGCCGCGCCGCAGGACCUGGCGCUGCAGGACGCCUUCUUCACCGCCCUCAAGGUGCUCAACGCCGGCAUCCCAACUUUGCUGUAUGGAAUUGGCUCCUGGUUCUUUGCCCGUGUCACAGAGACUGUGCACACCAGCCAUGGCCCAGUCACCAUUUAUUUUCUAAAUAAAGAAGAUGAAGGAGCCAUGUACUGAACUGAGUAUCUGUCCUCUGGUGGGUUCUGUGCUGCAAAUAUCUGCUGCCUUUGACUAAAAACAACCAAAAAAUUGGGUUUUUACACUGUGUUCUCAUACUCAAUGUGCUGUUUCAGGGAGCUGCCUGGACUUUUUGGUUAUGAGAGAUUUAUUUUUGCAGAGGUGUGAGGUUGAAGAGUUAGAAUUUCUGAGGGUGUGUCUGGAAGUCAGGGACUGGUGCUGUUGGAAAAACUUGUGAUCAUUUAAAGAAUGCAUUUAUCAACUUAGAGAGCUGAAAUGUAGCCUGUGGGCAAGGAAACUGUGAUUGCACUGACAUUUUCAGAGUGUCCCUGAAAAGAUAAAGCUGCUCAGGUGUGGGUCCUCUCUAGAUAUUUCAUAUUGAAUUAAUUGUCACAGGGGUAACUGUGUCUGAAUAAACCCUUGGCACUGAGUGGUCGCCAUCACCUGGAAGAGCCUUUGGGGGAAAAAGCCCACCUUAAAACAAAUACAAAAUGGUAUUACAUUUCUUGAAAUGGUAUUUAAAUAAAACAUCCAAAAUAUAUUU